AUGCUUGUUCCGCUGCUGGCCCUCGCGCCAGCCGCCCUCGCCCUCUCCACGCACUCCUCCAGCACGUACUCCUACUACGGCUGCUACGCCGAGACCACCCAGGUCGAGGGCUCGGACCACUCCCGCGCCCUGGCGGGCGGCGUCAACCAGGUCGAGCCCGACAUGACGAUCCCCAAGUGUCUCGACUUUUGCUCCAGGGGGACCAACUACCGCUACGCGGGGCUGGAAUGGUCAAAGGAGUGCUGGUGCUCGCAGAGCUUGUCUGGCAUUGCCGCCAGGCUGGACGACGGCCAGUGCGAUUUCCCCUGCGGCGGCAACAACUCUCUUGCUUGUGGGGGGUCGUUGAAGCUGAGCGUGUAUAAGCGCAGUGGUGCGGCGGGGGCGUCGGCUCCGUUGGCCUUGUUGCUGGGAGGGCUUGCGGGGGCGGUUUGCUUGUGA